AAAAAAAAAAAGGUAAAAAGAGAUUCUUAUGCGCAAAUUUGAGCUGCUUUGGCAGGUUAUAUAUGACAAGAUAACUGGAAGAAGCCGAGGGUUUGGCUUCGUGACAAUGUCUACAGUUGAUGAGGUUCAGGCAGCUGCUCAGCAAUUUAAUGGCUAUGAACUUGAGGGCAGGGCAUUGAGGGUGAGUUCUGGGCCUCCUCCUCCGAAGGGAGAUCGAGAAUCUUCUUUUAGAGGGCCCAGGGGUGGAGGAAGUUCCGAUAGCUCCCAUAGGGUUUAUGUGGGAAAUCUUUCGUGGGCUGUUGAUGAUUUAGCACUUGAAACCUUGUUUAGCGAGCAAGGUAAGGUUAUGGAAGCCAAGGUUGUUUAUGACAGAGACAGUGGUAGAUCAAGGGGUUUCGGGUUUGUGACCUUUGGUUCCUCAGAUGAGGUCAAUAAUGCAAUUGAAUCAUUGGAUGGUGUUGUUGGGCAUGGUAGUGCCAACUGGUGGUCUAGUAUUCAUGACCUAAAUGGCAGGUCAAUCCGAGUAAGCAUGGCUGAAGCUAGGCCAAGGCGUCAAUUUUGAUCAUUGAACCUUUUGAGCUUUCUUCAACUAAGAACACAC